UGACGCCUCCUUGGACCAAUUUCCCCACGUUGCCGCUUGGAGCCCCAGAAUAAAAUAGCCGAGGGGUCUCCCGGCUUUUGUUGUGCAGCCAGGGUUGCAUCGGAGCGAGAGAGCGAGAGAGAGCCAGAGAGGGGUGGUGGUGGUGGUGGUGGUGGAAGGAGGAAGACGAGCUGGAGUUGGGAUCUUCAAGGAGACAGGUAAAGAAGAUGGUGAGAGCUCCAUGCUGCGAGAAGAUGGGUCUGAAGAAGGGCCCCUGGACUCCGGAAGAAGACGAGAUUCUGGUUUCCUACAUCCGGAGUUAUGGCCAUGGCAACUGGCGCGCUCUCCCCAAACAAGCUGGUCUAUUGAGGUGUGGGAAGAGUUGCAGGCUCCGAUGGAUAAACUACCUCCGACCGGAUAUUAAACGAGGGAACUUCACCAAGGAAGAAGAAGAGACCAUCAUCAAGUGGCAUGAAAUGCUUGGAAAUAGAUGGUCUGCAAUCGCAGCGAUGCUACCUGGAAGAACAGAUAACGAGAUCAAGAAUGUAUGGCACACCCACCUGAAGAAACGAGUGAAUCCAAACCAGUCAGCCCAAAAUCCGAAGCGAAAGGCCCAGAGUGGUGUCAAGACAGUGAUGGAAGUCGGACCCACGAAGUUGCAGGCGAUUCCCCUUGCGGCCCACCCGAAGUUGGAAAAUCCGAGCCAAGAUCUUGUGUCCCCGUCGCAGUCUUGUAGCGAAAUCUCCUCCUCGGCCGCCACCAAUGCAUCCACCAUGACAGGAGAAAUUAACGAUGCAGGAAUCAAAGAAGGGUGCAUGCAAUCUUCGGAGGAACUCUUGAAAAUUGACGCGAGUUUCUGGUCAGAAGCAUUAUCGAUCGACGAUUGUGGCAUGCCGAUGGAUUGUAACAUGUCAGCCGGUCCUCCUCCUACCUCUCUUGGCGAUCCCUUCUCAUCUAGCCCAUCCAAUUUCGAUAACGAUGACAUAAAUUUUUGGUUGAAGGUUAUCAUGGAAGCAGAAGAUUUUCAGGAAUUGCUUGAGAUCUAAGAGGAGGCCCUUGGUAGUUAUAAAAUUAUAAUGAUUUUUUGAAUAAUGGGAAAUUUGGGACUAGAAGAAAUAUGCAAAUAUUCUCUAGUCAUACACCAAGCGGGAAGUCAUAGGCGGAUUCCAAUUUUGUGUAAGCACCCUACGUAGAUUGGAAGGGUUGCAGACAAACAUUGUAGAAGGGAGAGAAAGACAUCUGAAUGAUAUUCGAUAAUCUAAUAUUGAUUUUAUAAGAUUUGAACCCAUGGUUGUAUA